GUAAUGGAUGUAAAGGUAAAGAAAGGACGGUCUAUACAGCAGGGUGAAGACGAGAUGGGCCUGAGGAAAGGUCCAUGGAGCGCUGAAGAAGACACCAUUCUCGUAAAUCACGUCACCACCCACGGUGAUCGUCGCUGGAAUUCCGUCGCUCGCUGUACAGGCCUGAAGAGAACGGGGAAAAGUUGCAGGUUAAGAUGGCUAAACUACUUGCGUCCUGAUGUUCGGCGUGGGAACAUCACACUCCAAGAACAGAUAAUGAUUCUAGACCUCCAUUCUCGGUGGGGCAAUAGGUGGUCCAAAAUUGCUCAGCACUUGCCUGGGAGAACAGAUAACGAAAUCAAGAAUUAUUGGAGGACUAGAGUCAUUAAGCAAGCAAAGCAACUCAAGUGUGACGUCAACAGCAAAGAGUUCAAAGAUGCCUUGCGUUAUGUAUGGAUGCCCCGUUUGAUCGAGCGGAUUCAUCCACCAUCCGAAACUUACUGCCCGACCCGUAUCUCCCCCUCGCAACUGGGCCCAAACCCAAGUGCAUGUGCUGAUGGAGUCCCUGUCCAUCACCAACACGGGUUACACGGUUCAGGUUCAGGUUCUGGUUCUGGAACAGAGUGGCUAAAUGAUAUUUACUUGGACUCUUCAGGCGUGGAGUUACAGAGUGUGUCUUCUGAACAAUUGGGUCAUAAUAGUAAUAAUAAUGUUUCGGGUCUAUGCCCAGGUUUCAAUAACCAAAUGUUUGAACAGGGGAAUGGUGGUGACGGGGACUUACUGGAGAUUUUGUGGAACGAUGAGAAUAUAUGGCUUAUGCGAGAACUUUGUGAUGAACACGAAAUUAUAAAAGACAGUUUCCUUGCGUGA